ACAGGGAUAGUAACUAGUAUAAAUAUUUGUCAGGAAUAUAUUUGAUCACAAAAUACUUUGCAACGUACCGGCCAUCAAUUUCUUCUUAAUAAAAAAAAUCAAAAUGGGUCUGAAAGAGUUAUUUCUUUUUGCCUUCAUAAUGACGAUCGCUGGAAUAAAGGGACGUUCAAUUGAAAACAAUAAUUCAGAUGGAAAAGAAGAUCAUUUUUCCAACCUACGUUUAUUUGAUUCUACAUUGACCAAAAAUAUUAAGAAGAGAAGUGCUGAUGAACAAAGGAUUACUAUCGAAAAUGGUAAUAACGAAGUGAAAACAUUAACCAUAGAAAAUAAUAACGCAGGAAUGUCUAUUAGCAAUGGAAAUGGUAAUACGAACACCAUUACUAUUAAUCAUGACAGUAGUGAUAUUACUAUCGAGAACAAUGGUAAGAAUGCAAAUACACUUACUAUUCAAGGUAAUAGUAAGAGUAUUACUAUUAAUAAUAACGACGAAAAUGAUGUUAAUACCUUAACUAUCAAUGGUGAUAGUGAUGUUAUUACUAUUAACAAUAAAAAGGGAAAAAAUAUAAAUACCAUCACUGUAAACGGAAAAAGAGGACAGAUUGUUGUUAAUAACAACGAUAAUGAUAAUACUAACGUUAAUACAAUCACUGCUAAUAAUUAGGAUUAAUAUACUGUCUAUGAAAUGAAUGUCGAUGAAAAGUAUUAUUAGUACUAUUAGUGUUCAUUACAAUAAAUAUUUGGUUCGAUUGAUUAUCAUGAAUAUUUGUAAGAGUGUAUUCCAAAAUUGUAUUUUAUGAAUAAAUAAUUGUCACAAAAACUA